AUGCCGUCAAGAAGCUUUGACUGCCAGGAAGCCGGCAAGCAGCGCUCCUCAAAUUGUCAAGUUCAGCUUUGCCAUCCUUGCUCUAAUCUGGUAAGUCCCCCUUCUUUGUCUUCACUCACUUGCCAUUCCCUCAACUUUAACUCAGUCUUCAUCCUCGCCCUGAUCUCCAUUCCCCUCGUCUUGUUCACCAGUCAAUUUUGGAAGAGCAGAGGUGUCCGCCUCGGCCAGAACCUCCCGCUUGCUAACCAGACUCCACCUGCUCACUUGUUGAUUGUCCGUCUGGUAUUGGUAUAUGCUUGGAUCAAUCGCCCUCAUGUCCCAACACAACAAGGAAGGAGGAUAUCAACCGAUACAUCGAUUGGGCUGAACUACCCGCACCAAGGCACUGGCUGGCGGGGCAACGAGGUUGAGGACGAGGCGCUCUGCAAGCCGCAGAAGUGUUUGAAGAUGCUCAACAGCCAGCAGAUCCCGACGCUCUUCUGA